AUGGCGAAUUCAACGACGACGCACUACAUACUAAUCAAGCUUAGCGUAGGAUACGAGAAGCUAAUACACGACAAUUUCACGAACGAGAAGUCUGUUAACUCAAGCGAAUCCGCUUCUGAUCAUUGUCAAGUCUGCUUGGUAAACAAACGACUCUUUCCAUCAAAGACAUCGAAUAAAAACUCGAUAAAUCCAUUUCUUUAUAAAGAACACAGAGAAAUACAUGCCAUUUGUACUUUGAAACCAGCGGGAACGACUUUUUCAAGCUCUGUGGAUUACAGCAACCGUUUUUUCGCUAUUUGUGAGCUUAUUAAUUUCGAAGCUGACUUUGAAAGCAUCGAUUACCAUGCUGUGGAAACAGAUCCUCUUGGAUUGUGCAUGAAUUUUACCAUACCAGACAGGACGAACAGAACUGAAGGACUCCAAGGAGCUGUAAAUCUCAGGGGAUGUUCAAAUAUGGUGUUGGAUUUCUUCUCCUUUGUAUUCAUCUCAGUGUUCAUAUAUUACUCUCCGGUCUUUUUUUGUCUGUUCUACCCGACGGAAAUCUUGCAAGAUGGCGUUACUCAUAUCAUUCUUGAGGGAGCAAGUCCCGUUAGUCUCAGAAGCCUUGCGGGAAAUUACUUUUUCUCUAGAAGCGAAGGAGAGGGAAUUUGGUGCAAGGCAAAAAUAUUCAUUUUGAGAGCUUUUAUUAUACCUCUUCCAUUUCUGAUUAGUGCAACCUUCCUUGCGGAUUUUGAACAUAAUAUUCCUAGUAAUAUCCUGUUAGACAAUAGGCUCCUCCUCAUAGUGUUUGGUUUAUGUUAUUUUUUUCAGGUUUUUUGCAGAUCAUGUUUCUUUGAAAGACCAUUGAUAGCAGAGCCUUGUUACAUUUGUGAGUGGUUUAGGCUAGAUACCCUUUCCUGUCACGAGGAACUUCCUCCGCUAAUUAUGAACCAUUUGCGCCUCCAGCCUUUAAUCUUGGUAGAAUACUGGAGGUUUUGCAAACAGAGAUUCCUAUACUAUUUCGAAAUGCCUGCCUCGGUGAUUCCUUCCUGCAGAUGCUCUAGAGGUUUUGCGAUUCGUCUUGUACUAUUUAUCUCUUUGUUGCUCUGUAUACCCUUUAUGGCAGCAACGUUUUUGACCACUCUAGGUUUAAUGACUGCUCCGGCAACUUCCUUAUGCCGGUAUCAAUUCAUACCGAGACCAACUGUAAAUUCAAAAAUGUCGAUGUUACUCAGCUUCAUAAUUGGUAGCCUCUUCCUUUUUGCAUGGCUUGGUGUCUUUCGUCUUUUGCAAUUAGCAGCUUACGGUGCCCAGAAUGCUCUAGUACGUGUUUUUCUACUUUCCCUCUCAGAGGAACAUCUUCCUUACGUGGCUUGUUUCGUUUCUGUCUUGUACUACAUUUGGUCAAGCUACAGCUCUUUUACAGAAACAUACCACGAGCUUGCCCUGGCUUUACACGAUAGCCAUAAGGACUCAAAACGAACCCAAUCUCAAGAUGUUCCUUCCACCCCUGAUCAGCUACCAAAACUACCUAACAAUACACACGAUCUUGACAACGUGAUGGCAAUUCCAAAAGAACUCUUCGGAAUAGCAUGUGAAGAACUUUUGCCUCUCAGGGAAGGUGUCUAUAUAUUAAUUUUGAAGAUCACAUUGCUCUUGUCUACUGUGUUUACUGUGUUUUCAUGGGUGACAGCGUCCAGCUUUGACACGACGCCUUUGAUGAAAACUUUGUUAGCGUUUCUCACUUUCGCGUUUCCCAAGAUCGUAGACAUGUGCAUUGAUGGAGAAUGGCAGAAAAAAAUGCGAGAAAGGAUUAUGAAGGAAAAGGUUCCAAAAAUUGUGGACAAUUUCAUCUAUGAAACUUCUAUGACAACCCAUUCACAGAGUGACAGAAAUGCAAACAAUGAC